UGUAUGUGUCUGCCAGCCCAUCAGGCAGUCACUCGGUCCUAUUGGAAAAGCAAUCUGGUUUGAGACGACUGGCUACGAUGAUGGUUGCCGUAGUAAUGGUGUGCGAAGAUGGUGUGCUGUUUUCAUCAAAAUUAUUGCUCAUUGCUCGCAGGUCGGUCCCGUCUCGACUGCUGUUGAUUUGGCUCGCUGGUUAGUCUGUUCAGUGAUUCUUCGGACUACGGUUCGCGUUGUUUCGCGACGAGAGAAGUCGUGGCGUGAGAGUGGCAGGCAGAAAAUUUAAUGGAAACCGAUCGAUAUUAUUUGUAAAUAUUUCCGCGGAACUGGCGCGAUAUUUUUGGUUGACAUAGUUGUUAACUAUUUCUGUGGAUUACUUUGGAUUUGGUUUUUAGCAUAUUGGUGAAGAAUUCGUACGAAAUUUCGAAGUUUAUGGACAAGGUGAGUCCACGUAUGAUGAUCAUCGGGCUCGUCGUCGACGUCGUCAUCACGCUGGAUGUGUAUAAAAAACGCGAAAGAAUUCCGGUGAAACAACAGCUCGAUAUUUAAUGUGUAGGUACUACAUACGCGCGAAGAACGAGUACAACACACGUCCAGGGUGCACAAUUAUCGAGAGGCAGCCACCACAUAGCAUAUAUUACGGGGGACGUCGGGGCGACACAUUCAACAGCGCGACGAGACCAUAACGUUAAUAUUCAUCAAAUAAGUGAGAGGUGAUUUUCCGCUUUAUUAUAUGAGUAGUUCGGAAGACCAACGCAAAACGAAAGUGGACGGUCAGUCAGUCAGUGUGUGGCAAUGCAGCAAUGGUGAAAAUCUGAAGCAUAAAUUUCGACCUGUGUAUUAUUGUAUUGAUAUAUGGUGCAGAAAAUGUAAAUGAGUCCAGCUCUCACCGCGACCUACCAUCAAGCAAAGUGUGGCGAUUGUGUGCAAUAAUAAUACAUGAUGGAAAGUGGUGUUCAUCAAUUGUUGAGUGAAGGAAGAAAAUGAUAGUUGUUAAGUGAUUGCAAUUUACGCCUCCAAGGAAUGCGCAUACUUUCAAUUGAGUGUUGGCUAAAUCUCUGUGAAACGCAGCUUUAGAGAUAGGAGCACACCCUUAGAAAACUCACGCAAACUGACCAAACUAAUAAGAAAGGGGUUGCAACGAUGACGAUAAGAGCUCCGAUAACAGUCUAGCUCUAGAAUCAACACUGUUUGUUUAGAUAAACACCCGCUCCAAGCCCUGCGCCCGUGGCAGUCCGGGCUUUUCCCCAAUUCAAUACCCAAGCGACCAUGGCCACCUCACCGACUUCGACCAAUACCUCGAACUCGGUUUCGCUGAACCGACAGUCGAGCAAAAAUGCCGACUCGAUAUCGCUCUGUUCGACCACCAGUGCCUUCUCGACGUGCCCCGAUCGGCACGGAUUCUACGGUGGCAGUCAGUUCUCGGAAAAACCGGCCAAGGAGACCCUAACCCGGGAGCAGAUCAUCGCCCGGGAGAAGAAGUGGCUGCACAUGAUCAAACACUGGCAGGAAUAUAUGAACAAAAACUACAAGAAGCUCCGAGAACGCUGCCGGAAGGGUAUCCCGCAGGCGGUACGCCCCCGGGCGUGGUUCUACCUGACCGGGGCCUACCAGCUGCACCAGAAGUACCCCAAUCUAUACCACGAGCUGCUCCGCCAGCCGGGCAAUCCGCAGAUCAUCGACGAAAUCAAAAAGGACCAGCACCGGCAGUUCCCCCAUCACGAGAUGUUCAUCGACGAGGAGAAACCCGGCCAGAAGGAGCUGUUCAACGUGCUGAAGGCGUACUCGAUACACAAUCCCAAAGUAGGUUACUGCCAGGCCCAAGCGCCGAUCGCUGCCUUUCUACUAAUGCAUUUGCCGAGCGAGCAAGCCUUCUGGUGCUUUGUUACUAUCUGCGAUAAGUAUCUCAAGGACUACUUCACACCGGGUCUCGAAAUGCUCCAGCGGGACGCCGGUAUGCUGAACGGUCUACUUAAGAAAACCUCCCCCUCGGUGUACCGGCAUCUCCAGAAGCACAAAGUGGACCCGUUGCUCUACAUGACCGAUUGGUUCCUGUGCGCGAUGACCAGAACCCUGCCUUGGGACACCCUGCUCCGGGUGUGGGAUUGCUUCCUGUGCGAGGGCAUCAAGAUCCUGUUCAAGGUCGCCCUGGUCAUCCUGGGCGCCAGCCUCAACUCGCACAAGGUGCGCAAGCAGGCCAACGGCCUGUGCGAGACGCUCGAAGUGCUUCGGUCACCGCCGAAGAAGUACCUCGAGGCAGACUUUGUGAUGCAUCACAUUUUCCGGCUAAACAUCACCGUCGAAGAUUUCAUCCACGAGCACAAAAAGCAGGAACUGCUGCACCGGAAGGCGAAGGUUUCCUAGGGACGGGCUGGCCCGUCCUCGUCAUCGUCGUCGUCCAAGGCGGUCGAUGGCAACUCGGCGCAGGAGGAGGACGGUAGCAGGUCGCGGUGAGCUAAGCGUCCGCCGUGGGCUCUUCCACUCUAGUCUCUGGUGGUACGGUGCGUGUGCGUUGAUGGUGUAUCGUUCGUGGAAGAUCGGUCGUACGAGACUCGGCCGGGCGCGACCAGAACCGUCCUCAAACCGUUUUAGAUCCUAAGCUAGGUGUUAUUUGUGGUAAGGUGUUGAACUCGUAGUAUUAUUUAUCAAUAUCAAAAUUGAUCGAUGUAGUUUG